AUGAUUGCAUUUGUUGACGUAGAACUUUUAAAAGAUCUGGAUUCAAAUUUUACAGCGGCAUCUGAUAUUUAUAGCCUAGGAUUUGUUAUGUGGUCCAUUUCAAGCGGAAAGUUUCCAUUCGAAAAUUUUACAAAUCCAAGUAAUUUGGUAAACCGAAUUGUUUCAGAUAACAUUCGAGAAUACCCUGUUAAAGGUACUCCAAAUGCAUAUUUUGAUUUGUAUCAAAAAUGUUGGAGAUCAAAUUCAAUAGAACGACCAUCUGCACAAGAAGUGUAUACCCAACUUGAAGUAAUAUUACAUGAAGAAUCAUUGAAAAUUGAUGAUG